CAUCACAUGCACCAAAUACAAUUCCAAGUAAAUUAUUAAAAGAUUAGAAAUCCAGUAAUAGACUAAAUAUAUAACUUUCAAACAAGUGUAAGGAAAAUUGAAUUAAUGUGUAAACUCUGCCAAUAGCCUCAGAUUUAGGUUAUUUACAUUGAAAAUUCAAAGUAUAUUUAAUGCCAUCACAGGCAAAAGGGGCAGAACUAAGUUGAACAAGAUGAUAAACAGAGAUGACUAAAAGUUGAACAACGAUCAGAAACCGAAAGAAUAUUCGGCGGACCUGACCUAACUGCGGAUUUGAGAGAGAUUCAUGGCGAUUUUGGAAAAGAGGCUUUUUUUUCUAAUGAAUUUGCAGAGAACAAACAAUCGAAAAUUAAAAAGGAAGAGAGGCAGAGGCGGGACUGAUCUGGGAUGAUGACAAUCCAUCCAUGGCUUGCUAAAGAGGACCGCGUAGAGGACCACGGAGAGGACCGUCGGAAAGGACCGUGGAGAGGACCGCGGGAGAGGACCGCGGAGAGGAGCAUCGGAAAGGACCGCGGAGAGGACUGCCGGAGAGGACCACGAAAAGGACCGCCGGAGAGGACCGCGGAAAGGACCGCCGAAGAGGACCACGAAAAGGACCGCCGGAGAGGACCGCGGAGAGGACCGCCGGAGGGGACUUCCGAAAAGGAUCACGGAGAGGAUCGCGGAAAGGACCGCCGGAGAGGACCGCGGAGAGGGGCCCGCCACUUCCGUCCAUGGUUCGGCAGAGGAAAUCGGAGCUCGCUGGAUCUCGUCGAAGAUAAAGGCCCGCUUGUUGUCGAUGAGGCUCGCCGGAGCAAAGGGAGCUUGAUGGACGAACAAGAGCAAUCGCGGCCGCUGCCAUCCGCGGCUCGCAGGAAAAAGUCGGAGCUCGUCGUAAGGCCGUCGCUGCUACCCGUGGCUCGCCGGAGGAAGUGGGAGCUUGCUUCUUCCGGGCCAAGGUUCGCCGGAGUGGACAAUUGCUAGUGGAAAACAAGAAUCCAUUAAGAUUCGGUACUCAAGAAUGAAGUCGAAACACUAAACUAGCGUAGAAUAUAGGUUGAAACCAAUG